AUGAACAAGGGUAGGAUGAAGAAGAAAGCUCAAGGAACCGCGUGGGGCCACGACGUAAAUAUACACAAGAAAUUCGGCAGCGGGGAUAUAAUCGCUGGGUACCAUCGAGUCAUGGACUCAGGCGGUGAGCUCAAGUUGAACUAUGGGCCAAACGCACACUGCCCUCGUCCACAUCGAGGUAAAAGUACGGACAUGGUGCUUCUGCGUAAUUUCUUCACAAAGCCAAGGUCGAGGACAGCAAGUAGUGUUGAAGGGGAAGGUGAAAGACGAGAGGAAUGGUUCGAAGAGUUACUCACAGUCACCAAAAUGUCAACCGUCACGUGCGUUGAGAUGGAUCAAGCGGAAUCCUGCGUGGUAAUCCCAUUGGGGGAAGGCGGGGACACAAUUGGGGCGUAUUUAUGGUGA